CUAGCUGGGUUGGGUUGGCUUGGCUUGGCCGUACGUACCGUGAGUGGGGUUCCCCCGGGCAUUAUUGCCAGAACAGAAACCCUAAACCAUGGUGCAUGCCCAUUCCUGUGAGCACAGGAGAAGUGGAUACCGCUUCUCUCCCUCUCUUCUCCUUCCUCUGACCCUGCUUCCUCCUCCUCCUCCUCCUCUUCUUCUUCUUCUUCUUCUUCUUCUUCCUGUGGUCAUGGAUUCGGUCUCUCCCGCGGAGCACCUGUGUUACGUGCGUUGCACCUACUGCAACACUGUGCUUGCGGUUGGAGUCCCAUGCAAGCCGGUGAUGGACACGAUCACCGUGAGAUGUGGCCACUGCAACCAUCUCUCCUUCCUCAGCUCCAGAACCAUGGUGCAGUCCCAUAGCUGCAACGAUUUCCAGAUGGGCCUUCAGGGUGCUUGUGCUGAUUGCCUGAGGGGCCAAGCUUCGUCUUCCUCCUCCUCCUCCUCAACUUCAAGCGAACAAACCACUCAAAAACCAACCUUCGUUGUGAAACCUCCCGAGAAGAAACACAGAAUGCCUUCAGCUUAUAAUCGCUUCAUGAGGGAGGAGAUUCAGCGAAUCAAAGCUUCUAAACCCGAUAUUCCUCACCGAGAAGCUUUUAGCAUGGCUGCAAAGAACUGGGCAAAGUGUGAUCCUCGUUGCUCGAUCAUUGUUUCCACAUCUGGUGAUGAUAAGCUGUCUCCUACUGAACAAGUGGAAAGCAGCAGUUCCCCUACAAUGGAAAGCUCCAGUUUAUACAAGCAGAUGGAAGAGGAGGAUUAGGGUUCUCGAUCGACAUAUGGAGCCCUUCCUCUUUGUUAGUGAUGCGCUUAUGGUGUUAAUUUUUGUUUGAUCUUCUCAUCUCUCUACAACAAAACCUCUCUUGGUACUGAAGUAUUUGCUAGUUAUGAUCCAUUCAUCCUAUGUAUGCAUUGCUAAUGAAGAGGAAGUGAUAUAAAUCUGCUCAUAUAUAUACAUAUA